GCCGGAAGCGGAAGUGGCGGCGGAGGGAUGGAGGAGCCGGAGAUGCAGCUGAAGGUGAAGAAAGUCACAGACAAGUUCACCGAGAGCAUCUACGUGCUGGCCAACGAGCCCUCCGUGGCCCUCUACCGCCUGCAGGAGCACGUCAGGAGGUCCCUGCCAGAGCUUGCACAGCACAAGUCUGACAUACAGAGCUGGGAGGAGCAGAGCCAAGGAGCCAUCUACACUGUGGAGUAUGCCUGCAGUGCCAUCAAGAACAUGGCUGACAGCAGUGUGUACUUCAGGAGCAUUGACAGCCUGCUCAAGCAAGCCACAGCCAUCAAGGAGCAGCUCAACGCUGCCCAGGGCCGCAGCACUGCUGCUCCACAAGCCAAGAACCCUCCAGCCAGUUCCUGAUUCCAGGCAAGCUCUGACCAUCCUCUGCUGCCUUCUCCAGCCCAGUUCUGUGUCCUCCAGCCACAGGCAGGAGUAAGAAACCAACCUCCUCCAUCUGGGAAGCUGCUCACAGGCUGCUGCCUGCCUCUCUGUUCCCAGGGAGCAGCUAAAUCCCUGCCACUGGGGUGGGGACUGCCUUUGGGGAGCACUUGUGUCCCUCCCCAGAGAGGGGAACUGAGGUGGCUUUGUCCUUUCCAGCUCUUUUCAGCUGCUCCUGAGGUGGUUUAUUUUGUUUGGCUUUUUUGUUUCCCCCCUCUCUACCUCUUGGCCACAGAAAUACCUUCAGAAGGUCUGGGGCUGGCUU